AUGAACAAUGUCAAAUGCUCAGAAUUUAAAGGUAAGAGCUUAGCAGAAAUCGAGGUGGGAGAUGACAUCUUAGUUGACGAAAAUGUUGAAGAAGAAAAUGUUGAUGGAGAAAACGUUGAAGAAGAAAAUGUUGAGAGAGAAAAUGUUGAAAAGGAUGAUAUGGAAUCCCCUACAACAAAAGAUGUGUGUGAGAGGAAAGAUGAAGAAGAGAGUGAAAUCAACUGUAGGGAAAAGAAAAAGAAAUAUAACCGUAAGCGUUGGGAACAUAAGGACAAGCAAUUAGUUUUGAACCAUGUUAAAAACAAAGCAGCUCCAAGAAAAAAGGAAUGCCUGGACUUCAUUGAUGAGAACCACCCCAUAUUCUCUCCAUCGGACUGGAGUCGAAUUAAAACUCUUGUUUUCAAUACGUAUAGUUCGAUGGUCCAACAAUAUGGCGGAUUGUGGAUGGGAAGAGACUUCCAUGCCGCUGCAUAGCAUUGUUUUGUAUAUCCGCCACUUUUGAAUCAAUAUUGCUGAUACAUAAUUCUUGUUUCUGUUUUGUGACCCUCAUUGUACAACGAG